AUGUCUUCAGAUUCAGCUCCUCCAACCUUUGACAUCCCUGCAGAAUGCACCGCCGGUGUGGUGCGAGAUGAGGGACCAGACUUCUAUAUCGAGGUGACCAAGGUCCCUGUACCAGAGAUCGGUCCCAAAGAUGUCCUCAUCAAGCUCAAUGCUACCGGCCUCUGCAUGUCCGAUGUCCACUUUAUGAUGGCCGACUGGGGUCUACCCAAGAUGUCCGAGCUCGGCACUCAAUGCGCUGGUCACGAAGGUGCUGGUGUCAUUGUCAAGGUUGGCUCAGAAGUAAAGCAACUGAAAGUCGGCCAAAGAGCUGGACACAAGCCAAUCCAGGAUGUCUGCCAUACUUGCGAGUAUUGCAAGGCAGGCAAGGACUCAUACUGCGCCAAGGCUGUCUUCACUGGUCUACAUUGUGAUGGUUCCUACAAACAGUACAUCGUUUCACCCGAAAACUAUACCACUCUCAUCCCAGAUGGCGUAAGUGACUAUAUCGCAGGUCCAGUCAUGUGCUCCGCUGCUACAACAUACACAUCCUUGAAAGAAGCAAACCUGAACCCCGGUGCAUGGGCUGUCUUCCCAGGUGGUGGCGGUGGUGUCGGUAUUCAAGGUGUUCAGCUUGCGUACGCCAUGGGUCUUCGACCUAUCGUGGUUGAUACUGGCUCAGAGAGAGCUGAAUUGUGCAAGAAAUAUGGUGCCGAACACUUUGUGGAUUUCAAGGAAGGCGACCCAGUUAAGCAGGUUGUUGAGCUCACAGGUGGUGGUGCGCAUGCUGUUUUCGUAACAGCUGUGCAGUCAUAUCCCAUCGCACCACAAUAUCUCGGCUCGCGAGUCGGAGGUCAGGUCAUGUGUAUCGGUCUACCACCUGCUGGAAAGUACAAUAUCGACCUUGCUCCAGCUUCACUCAUCUUCCGAGGUCAAUCGAUCAAGGGAACAUUGGUGAGCUCAUUGGGUGACCUAGAUAAGACUCUGGAAUUUGCGCAAAGAGGCAAGCUACAUCUAGAGCCUGCUAUCGUCGGUCUAAGUGGGUGGAACGACGCUGUACAGAAGCUGAAAAGAUCUGAGAUCGCAGGUCGUGUCGUUGUUGACUUCAACAAGCCAUAG